CCCGGUCCCGGCUCUCGCGAGAGGCCGCCCCGCUCCGCGCGCCCGAGCGAAGCCUCGCGAGAUGUGCCCCUCGCCCUGCCCCGCGGUGCCUUGCCUCGCUCUCGCGAGCGCCGCGCUCUUUCUGUUCCGUCGCGCACGCCGCCGAGAUGCCUUCCAGACUGAGGAAGACCCGGAAGCUGAGGGGACAUGUUAGUCACGGCCACGGCCGCGUUGGCAAACACAGGAAACAUCCUGGAGGGCGUGGUAAUGCUGGUGGCAUGCACCAUCACAGGAUUAACUUUGAUAAAUAUCACCCUGGUUACUUUGGAAAAGUAGGCAUGAGACACUAUCACUUGAAGAGAAACCAAAAGUUCUGUCCUACUGUCAAUUUGGAUAAACUAUGGACACUUGUCAGUGAACAGACAAGGCUCAAUUACGCAAAAAAUGAGGCUGGACUGGCCCCCGUCAUUGAUGUUGUGCGCUCAGGCUACUACAAAGUCCUGGGCAAGGGGAAGCUGCCCAAGCAGCCUGUAAUUGUGAAAGCAAAGUUCUUCAGUAGAAGAGCAGAGGAGAAGAUUAAAGAAGUUGGAGGUGCCUGUGUGCUUGUGGCAUAAAAGCGUUUGUUUUAUUCAAAUUUUUUGAAUAAAGACAAUGUUUAAGAUUUGCUGAUUUA